CUCUACGACAUUUUGAAGCUGAAGUUAGUUCUCACUUGUCUCUGCUGCCUCUUCUUCUUCUUCUCUUCUUGUUUGCUGCAGAUGUUGCUGUUUCCUCAACACCAACAGCAACAUACUUCCAUUAAUGGCUUCCGUUGUUUCUUCCUCAUCCAUAAAAACCCCAACUUUUUCCCAUCUCUCCUUAUACCCGCUACCACCAUUAGGCAUUCAAACUCACUGUCCAUCACUUCUUCAUCCAUUCACCAUAACCAAACUGCUAUGAAUAAAAUCGAAGAAGAAGACGACGGCGAAGACAAUACCAGACUAAACCCACUUGAAAUUCAUCGUAAACACAACUCAAAGUCUACUUCUUUUCUUCUCAAACGUCUCUCCCCUCAACACCCAGAAGAAGAUGCUGAUGAUGAUGAUGAAGAAGAAGGAAUGAGUGAAGAUGAAAAGGUAAAGCUUUUGGAAUUAUCUUUAGUCAGCAGAAAAACCCCUCAAUUUCCAGGUUCUAUUUACUUACCUCAAUCGCCUCCUCCUACUGCUACUGCUGCUUCUACUCCACCACUUCAUAGACUAUUUAGAAAUGUUGAUAUUGAAGAAGAUGAUGAAAUGUUAAUGAAAGCUCUUGAAAUUAGGAGAAAAGUGACUUCAGAAAUUCUCAAGGAAGCAUUGAGAAAUGGGAAAUUCAGUAUUACUUACUCUACUAAUUUGGUUUCUUAUUUGCCUGAUUACAUUGAUUAUGUAAUGAUUGAAGCUGCUUCUAUGAAAUCAUUACCUGAAUUUUCACAUUCUACUUUCAAUUCCCGUGCUAAGACAUUCAUACAAAACUCCAAUGUCGUGCCUCUUAUCAGGUGGUUAAAGCACAAUUCAUUGACUUAUCCACAAAUUGGGAAGCUUAUAUGCAUGUCAUGUGAGAAUCUUGAGGCUAUUAAGGAAUUGGUUCAAUGGUUGAAGGGAAUUUACGUCAAAGGCGAAGCUCUUGGUGUUGUGCUUGUCAAGGCAGGAAAGAAUGUGUUGGGGCGUAGCCUGGAAGAAUUGGAUGAUAGCAUGGAUUAUCUUGAGAGAAAUGGAGUUAGAAAGGAGUGGAUGGGUUUUGUUGUUAGCAGGUGUCCAAGGGUUUUAUCUUACACGCCAGAAGAGAUUAUAUCACGCGUGAGCUUCUUCAGGGAUAUGGGUAUAAAUAAGAGGGAUUUUGGUACUAUGGUUUUUGGCUGUCCCAGGGCAUUUGGCUACUCUUCUCUUGAGGAAAUGCGAUCUAAGGUUAAUUACCUUAAAGAGUUUGGCCUCACAGAAGAAGAGGUUGGAAAAUUGCUAGCAUUCAAGCCACAGUUGAUGAGUUGUAGCAUUGAGGAAAGGUGGAAACCUCUUGUUAAGUAUUUGUAUUAUCUUGGAGUUCGCCGAGAUGGAAUGAGGAGGAUUCUUACUUUGAAACCAAUGGUAUUUUGUGUUGAUCUUGAGUCAACUAUUGCCCCAAAGGUGCGGUUUUUGCAAGACAUAGGCAUUAGGGAAGAUGCUGUUGGUGGUGUGCUAGUGAAGUUCCCAUCAUUUCUAACAUAUAGCCUCUACAAGAAAAUCCGUCCAGUGGUCAUUUUCUUGCUAACAAAAGCUGGAGUUACAAGGAAGGAUAUAGGGAAAGUGAUAGCCCUAGGACCCGAGCUGAUGGGAUGCAGCAUUGUUGAUAAGCUUGAGGUUAAUGUCAAGUACUUCUUGUCUUUGGGUAUUCCUCUUCGUUCCUUGGGCGAGAUGAUUGCAGAUUUUCCUAUGCUGCUGAGGUACAAUAUAGAAGUUCUUCGUCCCAAGUACCGGUACUUGAGGAGAACCAUGGUACGGCCAUUGCAAGAUAUCAUCGAGUUCCCCAGGUUUUUCAGCUAUUCCCUUGAUGGUAAAAUAAUUCCACGGCACAAGCUUCUAAUUGAGAACCGAAUCAAUUUUAAGCUACGAAACAUGUUAGCAAUCAGCGAUGAGGAAUUCAAUAGAAGGGUGGAGGAUGCAGUUGAAAGACGAAGAAUCUUUGAAUCGGGUCUUGCUAUGGAGAACCCUCUUUCCAGUGAUCCUCAACAAAAGGAUAGUGGCACAGAGGAAUCUCAAGUUGACAGUGGUUAUAGACAAGAUUGUGAAGUCCCAAGGCUCUCUCAGUCUCCAGUAUAGGGCAGUUAUAGACUUGUACCGAGGUGUCGCCUAUAAGGUACCACUUGUACAGAGAAAAGUAGUAUUUCUUUAAGAAAAAUCGAUGCUGACAAGUUUGUUCCUAGUAGGCUUACUAUACGAAAGCUCGUGUUUCUAUUGUAAUGUGUGAAAUUUGUAAGCAAAAUAGUGGAGUGAAACUCUAAUAAGAAUAUAAGAUUAACUUUA